AUGUUUUGCCUUUGGGCCCUAAGUGCCCUCCUUCUCCAAGCAACAGCAACAUUGACAGCUGCUUCAUCUUCAAAUUGCACCGAUGCAGUCCACUACGACACAAUAUCCAUGUUCAGCCAUGCACCUCUGACCUUCUCCUACGAGGUGCCUGAUGACGCUGCCUGUGCUGCGAAAUGCGGCAGGAUUGCCACUUGUCGCGCCUGGCUGUAUUCGACCUCUGGUCAGGAAUGUCAACUGUAUCGCGAUAACCCGGUAUCUCAGGCACAGAGUCCGCAUUUCGUUUCGGGAAGCUGUGAUACAUUCUCUGGAUCUUCGGGGGGUGUCAGUACAUCGGUGUUAGCAGCACCUAGUCAAUCUUUAAUCCCUCAGCAGCCUGAGCCAAGUCACCACGCAAAGCGCGAGCGGUCUCAUCGUCACUCUCACCAUGGUCAUGGACACAGCCAUUAG